AUGACUAAAAAUCCUACAAAAGCAGAGCUGAAGGCAGAAAUUAGCAAAAUACUGAAGGAUGCCAAUCUGGAAGAAACAGCGGCCAAGAAAGUGCGCCUACAGCUCGAACAAAACUUGAAAUGCGAUCUGUCGAAUCGUAAGAAGGAAGUUGACGAUCUAGUAAUGGACUACGUAAAUUCACAAGCUUCCGAUUCCGAUGAAGACGACGAUGACGAGGACGACGAAGACGAGGACUAUACAGGUAACGGCAAGGGUAAAAAUAAUCGUAAGGCAGAGGAAAAUAGUGACUAUGAGGAGGAGGAAGAUGAAGAGGAUUUAUCCGAGGAGGAAAACCCGAGAGCACGCAAAAGCGGUGGAAAACGCGGAACGCCGGCAAAACGGGGUCCAGCCAAGAAGAAGAAACGCACAUCCAAUAGCGAUGACGAGUCCGAUGAUGACGAUGAGGAACAGGGUAGCGACGAUGACUACAAACCUCAAGCAGUCGCUAAAGGGGGCAAGGGUGGUAAGAAAAAAAGGAACAACUCGGAUUCAGAUUCGGGAAGCAGGAAACGAUCAAAACCAGCGGCUAAACCGAAGCAGGCUGGUGGGGCCAAGAAAUCAAGUGGAUACACACGACCGUACACACUGUCCGCAGAUCUGGCGGCAAUAUGCGGUGCAGAAUCGUUGCCUCGACAUGAGGUAGUGAAAAAAAUUUGGGCCAUCAUUAAGGAACGUAAUCUGUACGAUCCGAAAAACAGACAGUUUGCCAUCUGCGAUGCGGAUCUGCAGAAGGUGAUCGGCGUCAAGCGAUUCCGUACGUUUGGUAUGCUUAAAUAUCUUAAGCCCCAUUUUAAGGAUUAG